AUGGGUGCUGUGGUUGGAAGGAUUGUGUCAGCAAGUCCUGGUGAGGGUGAAAGGUAUUACUUGCGAAUAUUGUUAAACCACAUUAGAGGACCCUUAUCCUUUAAAAGUUUGAAGUUCGUUAAUGGCAUUUCUGUAAAAACUUUUCGUGAGGCUGCACUAUUACAAGAUAAGUUAAACCAAGAGCACAGAGCUGCUUAUGAUGCAAUACUUGAUAAAAUCUUCCAUAAUAUUGGUGAUAUGUUUUUUAUUGAUGGUCCGGGUGGAAAAGCGAAAACUUUUUUGUAUCGUGGAUUGCUUACAGCUGUUAGGUUAAAAAAUCUAGUUGCUCUAGCAACUGCAUCUUCAGGAGUCGCUGUAGGCUUGUUACUGAAGGUUGAACGGCGCAUUCAAGGUCAUUACACAGUCAGUAAACAAUCUGUUCUAGCUGAUCUACUUAGGAUGACAUGUUUAAUUAUUUGGGACAAAGCUCCAAUGAUUAAUUCUCAAGCUAUUGAAGCUUUAGACAAAAUGUUAAGAGAUAUAACUGAUGUUGAAUUACCGUUUGGUGGGAACGUAGUUGUUUUGGAUGGAAAUUUUCAACAAAUUUUACUUCUUGUUCAGCAAGGGAGCAAAGAAGAUAUAAUUGCAUCAAGUCUUGUUAACUCUUAUCUAUGGCCCCUUUUUACAAAGGUCAAAUUACAUCAAAAUAUGCGAGCACGCUUAGAUCCUCAUUUUUCAGAAUAUUUACUUAAGAUCGGCAAUGGAACAGAAAAUAAGCAUUCUUGUAAUAUGAUUAAACUUUGGUUUUGUAUGACUCUGGAUUAUGAAGAAGAUGAUAUUUCGUUACAAAAGCUAUUGAUAUUGGAUUUUCGAAAAUAG